UGUUCAAACUGAUCUUAGUACCCCCGUGUCAGAACGUAAGUUGAAAUUUUUUAUCAGAUCGCGUUUGAUUGUCACCGACGAAAGAUGUCUCUGCCAUCAACUUCUGCGGUCCACAAAAGGACUCGCAGUGUGUGUCCUCAAACACCUAUCAUCAAGAACCAGUUUGAAGAAGGAGAAGACGGAUCGGCAAGGUGCAAGUUAUGCAAAACCGUGUUGAAGAGCAGCAAAACCAGCAAUUUGAAGCGGCACCUCGAAACGAUCCAUGUAGAAGAAUACGGAGCUAUUUUUGAAGAGCCACCCCCAACGCCCAGGAAAAUGCGGAAGAUUCAAAUUGAAAUGGACGAAGCGCUUUUCUACGAGUCAUGCGUGAAGAUGACGACCGUCGCGGGUAUGCCCCUCAACGUGUUUGAGGCCCCUGGGGUCCAGGAUGUCUUUUCGCGGAUUGAGAGCGGUCUUGGGAUAAACCACGUGAACCGGAACAACGUAACUGAAAGGAUAGAGCAUGUGGCGAAGCAGUUCCGGUCGUUCGUCAGAAGUGAGCUCAAAGGGAAGAGGGUCUGCUUGAAAAUGGACGAGGCAUCGAGACGCGGCAGGAGUGUUCUUGGGAUUAAUGUCCAGUUCCUCCACCAGAAGAAGCUGGUCAUCCGCACACUCGGUCUAAUCGAUCUGGAAGUGGCCCACACGGCGGAGAACAUCAAAGCUGAAGUGAUCAAGCUCAUUUCAGAGUAUGGUUUGAGCCUUCGGCAGAUAUAUACGAUCACGACGGAUAACGGAGCGAACUUUGUAAAAGCGGUCGAGUUGCUGAAGCAGGAAAUAGCGCGCUACAUGCAGAUGAGGGCCACAGGAAGCGAUCACGAGUCUGACGAUGAAGAGCUCGAAGACGAAGGUGAGGACCAAAAUGAGGAAAUCCACAGCGACGACGACGGCCAGGAGAACUCGGACGAAACAGCGGGAAAUAUUGAAGAUGAGGACGACGAAAUCGACAAAGCGCGUGUUCUGCUUGGAGGAGUGAGGUGUGCAGCACACACUCUGCAGCUCACCGUGCACGAUUGUAUAAAAGAAUGCAAUCUCAAGAAGCACCUCGUCAACGUUCGCUCGGCCGUGAAGGUUUUGAGAAAGUUUCCGUUUAAGGCGUCUUUCAAAAUGGAAAAGAAGAAACUGCCAUUCCUCGACGUCGAAACGAGGUGGAAUUCAGCGUUCGAGAUGGUAUCGUACUUCAAAGAGAACGAGACUUUCAUCAAGGAUCUGCUUAAGUCAAACCAAAAGGAAGCGCUGAUCAGCAAAUCCACGUGGACGUUCAUUUGGUCGUUUACGGCGGUGUUCCAGCCUGUGUUUAUCGCGACAAAAAAACUGCAGGAGGAGAACAUGACGAUGGGCGAUUUCCUAUUCGCUUGGGAAACCUGCCGGCUCGAGCUUGAGGAUUCAACGAGCAACAUGGCAAAGUGUUUGAUCAGACACAUGGACCGUCGACGAGUGAAACUGUUUUCACCUCCGGUUGUUGCUGCUCUUUAUUUGGACCCGAGAGUAAAUUUCCAUGGAUCAGAGUUGUUGACCGAUGUUGAUCGAAAAGUGGCAGUAGAUCAUCUGUUGGAACUUUGGAAUAGCCUGAAGGACGACCAAGAAAGCCAACCAAACGCACCUCCAAAGGAUAAACGAACCACAGUGACCACCAGCUCACCCUCUACUACCAGCCAACCUUCGAAAAUGGAACUGUUUUUGCGACGCAAGUCUCCAACAAAAUCACCGGAAUGCUUGAAUAUUGAACAAAAACUUCACGAGCUUUCGCUGCAACCUACACAGAAAAAAAUAUGUGCCACGUACAGAAGCAUCUGA